AUGACAUUUCUAGAACAAUUUAAAAUGUCAGUUAAACCACAGCCAAAGAAAGUUUCAAAUCGGAUUCUUUUAUUAAUUAUAUUUAUUAUAUUAUCUAUUUAUAUUGGAAUAGCAUGGAUUUAUGCUGAAUAUGUUUGUGAUACACAACAUCGAUUUGUUUGGUAUGCUCCACAAUGGUUACCUGGAUGUGCAAUGGCUACUCAAUUGGCACAAGCGAAUAUAACAGUAGUGACUUCAACUCAAAAAUCAGCAUCACAAGCUGCUAUUAAUAAUAGUGAUUUUAGUGGUUUAACAGCUGUCAUUUUAAUUGCCAGUAUUCUUCUUCUUCUGUGUGCUGCUAGUCUAUUGAUACUGAGUGCACAACGACGACAAACACGUAUUAUUGAUUAUGAUCAAACAACAGGAGUUGAAUUUAUAGGUACAUUAUCAGAUACAUCAAUAAUGAAAGCUGCUGAAGCAGCAAAAAAUCGAUCAAUGAGUUAG